AGCGUUCACAGCACAUCACACCCCUCCCAACAGCUUCAGUUUAAACCUGCUGCUGCUGCUGCUGCUGCUGCUGUUGCCUUAUAUUUGUCAUCGUUCAUUUGUGUGUGAUCGGAGGAACAGGAAACUAUUGUGCUUCGGUAUUCCUUCGCAUUCCCAUAUAGCCCGUGUGCUUCUCCAUCAUGGCAAUGCUGGGGAAAAAAGAGCGGAGAGGCAGGGAUGUGAAGGGCUUGCUGAAGAAGAACUGGGUUCUCAUAGCAACAAUCGCCUCGGUAAUACUGGGAAUUGGACUUGGAGUAGUGGUACGGGACUAUGCCUCUCUGUCCCAGCUUGAGAAGCAGUACUUUGGCUUCCCAGGAGAGAUCCUGAUGAGAAUGCUAAAGCUAGUCAUCCUGCCUCUUAUCGUCUCCAGCAUGAUAACAGGAGUGGCGGCUUUGGACUCUGAGGUAUCAGGGAGGAUUGGUCUACGUGCAGUCGUUUACUACCUCUCCACAACAGUCAUUGCUGUCAUUCUCGGAAUCGUUCUUGUGAUGACUAUUAAACCUGGGGUCUCUCAGAAUGUGGAGAAUAUUGAGAGAGCCGGAAACAGUCCAAAUGUGACCACCAUGGACACCUUGCUGGACCUUGUUAGGAAUAUGUUUCCUGAAAAUCUUGUGCAAGCCUGUUUCCAGCAGUACAAGACGCAGCGCAAAGAGUUCGAACCUCCGAAGAUCAACAUAAACACAACAGUUACAGCUACAUUUCCACCAUUGACUACAAUAAUUACAACUGUUGCACAGAAUUUGACCAAGGACUACAAGAUCGUUGGAAUGUAUUCAGAUGGGAUUAAUGUCCUUGGUCUCAUCGUAUUCUGUGUUACAUUCGGUCUGGUCAUCGGCAAGAUGGGAGAAAGGGGAUGCAUCCUUCUGGAGUUCUUUGAUGCUCUGAAUGAGGCCACCAUGAGACUCGUUCACAUUAUUAUGUGUUACAUGCCUAUCGGCAUCUUGUUCCUGAUCGCUGCCAAGAUCAUUGAGGUGGAAGACUGGGAAAUCUUCAAGAAGAUGGGCCUGUACAUGGUCACGGUGCUCAGCGGACUUGCCAUCCAUUCCAUCAUAUUCCUCCCCCUUAUCUACUUUGUCUUUGUGAGGAAGAAUCCAUACACCUUCACUUUGGGGAUGGCACAGGCCCUGGUGACAGCACUCAUGAUUUCCUCAAGCUCAGCUACCCUGCCAGUCACCUUCCGAUGUGCAGAGGAGAACAAUAGGAUUGACAAGCGUAUCACCCGGUUUGUCCUUCCGGUUGGUGCCACCAUCAACAUGGAUGGUACUGCCCUCUAUGAAGCUGUUGCUGCCAUAUUCAUAGCCCAGUUAAACAACUAUGCCCUGGAUGCUGGGCAGAUUGUUACCAUUAGUAUCACAGCAACAGUAGCCAGCAUUGGUGCUGCAGGAGUUCCAAAUGCUGGGCUGGUAACCAUGGUGAUAGUACUCACGGCUGUGGGGCUUCCUGCCAAUGAUGUCACCCUCAUCGUUGCUGUUGAUUGGCUGCUUGAUCGCUUCCGUACCAUGAUUAACGUCCUGGGAGAUGCCUAUGGUGCUGGAAUAGUCCAGAAGCUGUCAAAGCAAGAGCUGGAGAGGAUGGACCUCACGUCAGACGUAGAUGCAGCCAACCCCUUUGCCCUAGAGACCACACUGGAUGACGAAGAGUGUGAGAAGAAAUCGUACGUUAAUGGUGGAUUCACCAUUGACAAGAGUGAUGCCAUUUCCUUCACUGAAACCUCGCAGUUUUAAAGGUGAAAAUGUGCCAUCACUAAACGAAGGGUUCAGAGAGGUAGGAGCCAUUCAUAAAAUCAGUGCCAUGACAACGAGUGAAACUCAUUUCAGAGGACUUGAUUGAGUGCAGACAUUAGCAAUACCUGUCCUUGCUGUUCUCCUUCAUUCUUGCUAUAACUGUGCCCUUCAACUUAUAUCAAUGUGUGCGCUAGACAGAGAGAAAAAAUAUCAAGGAAAUAAGAAAACAACUGUGCUUCCACUGUUCAGGAGUAGUUCACCCAGUAAUUAAAAUUCUUUCAUUAUUUUCUCUCACUCAUGUCGGUCCAAACCUGUAUGCUGUUUAAUUUUUUUCAAUGAACUAGUGAGAUUUCAGGAUUCGGCAAGCGAGAAGGUUUUCAGUGAAUAAUUACUUAAAGUAAUAUUACAGGUUCAAUACAAGUUAAGCUCAAUCAACUGCAUUUGUGGCAUAAUGUUGAUUACCA